CAAUUUUUUUCUUGACGGGGAUUUCCUGAGGAAGUAAGGCCAAAGCAAAGGGGGCUUUCCAACCACUAGACAUCAAGACGAGCAAGUCAGCAGCGGCUGCUUUUUCUGGUAUAUUCCCGUAUGGAAUUUAGUACAUUUUCUUUUAACAUUCUGUUUUUAAAAUGUCAGCUACCGAUCAAAAGCCUCUAGCUGCCUGUUUUAAAACCGGCAGUGUUUGGUCGUUUUCAUUGUAAGCGGUUACAUUGUGGUGUUCAUGAACGUGCCAUUCAUCGAAGCUCCAUUUGUAACAUUGUAGCUCCUGGAAAACGGCGUUGCGUUGGCCAACGUUAUAUCUGAUUCAUGUCAUGUCAGCAGGGCGGAAUGCGGACGGGCGGGAGCUGCAGAUCCCCCUCCAGCAAUGCGCUCUCUCCCUGGCCGCUCUCUCCCUGGCCCAGCGCCCCUGGCCCAGCGACCACGUGGCAGGCUUCCUACCCCAGCACGGGGGCUUUAGGGACCACUUCGUAGCCACCCCGGAACCCAAGUACUGCUGUGAGUCCUGCAAGCUGGUGCUCUGCAACCCCAGGCAGACAGAAUGCGGACACAGGUUCUGUGAAACCUGCAUCUCUGAGCAGCUAAGCAAACCGAAUCCAGUAUGUCCAGAAGAUAAUUUGUCUCUGUUCAAAGACAAGGUCUUCCGUGACGUAUGCUGCCGUAGAGAGAUUAUGGCUCUGAGAGUGUACUGCAGGAGUGAAAAGAACGGCUGUAAGGAGCAGAUAAGUUUACAGCAGGUCAUGGAUCAUUUAAAUGUGUGUCCGUAUUUUGAGGUGCCAUGCCCGUUGGGAAAGUGCAAAGAGAAGAUGAUGCGCAAAGACAUUCCUGAACAUUUGAGUUGGAAAUGUAAACACAGAGAGACCACCUGUGAAUUCUGCAUGCAGAAGAUGGCCAUGACUGAGUUACAGAAACACAAAGACACCGUUUGUCCUUCAUUUCCGGUGGCCUGCCCCAAUCACUGUACUUUCCCCUCCAUCUUACGGAGCAAACUGACAAGUCAUCAACAUGAGUGUCCAAAGGCUCAUGUCACCUGCUCCUUUAUCCGCUUUGGAUGUAAUUUCAAGGGCCUCAACCAAGACAUGAGGGACCAUGAAUCUAGCUUUGCCUCUGAACACCUGCGGUUGAUGGCAACCAGGAACACUACACUGGAGGCCAAGGUGGAGGAUGUUAAAGGAGAGCUUCUGGAGCGGUACAAGGUUCUGCCAGGCCUGAGCAGCCGUCUUUCUGAAACAUUGUCUCACUACGAGGAGAUGAGGGAGAAGAAUAGACAGCUGGACCAGAAGCUCAAUACCAUGCAGGAGUUGAUGAGUUCCCACUCUGAGAAGCUUCUGGAGAUGGAGCUGGAGCUGAGGUCUCUGAGGUCUGUCCGAGAGGAGGUAGAGACCCUCCGAGGAACCGUGGAGAGCAUCCGCUCCAGAGUCGCCACUCUAGAAGGAGGACGGGGCGGGGCCAACCCAGCCACACACACACUAGAGACACAGCUCUCCCGUCACGACGACAUGCUGAGCGUCCAUGAGAUCCGCCUAGCAGACAUGGACCUGCGCUUCCAGGUCCUAGAGACGGCCUCCUUCAAUGGGAUGCUCAUCUGGAAGAUCCGUGACUACAAGCGGCGGAAACAAGAGGCCGUGGCGUCAAAGACCCUGUCUCUCUACAGCCAGCCUUUCUACACUGGCUACUUUGGCUACAAGAUGUGUGCCCGGGUCUACCUGAACGGUGACGGCAUGGGGAAAGGAACCCACCUGUCUCUGUUCUUCGUGGUAAUGCGUGGCGAGUACGACGCCCUGCUGCCCUGGCCCUUUAAGCAGAAGGUGACCUUGAUGCUGAUGGAUCAGGGCCCAGCCAGAAAGCACUUAGGGGAUGCCUUUAAACCAGACCCCAAUAGCAGCAGCUUCAGACGGCCCACGGCAGAGAUGAACAUAGCCUCGGGCUGCCCGCUGUUUGUGGCUCAGACUGUGCUGGAGAACGGUACUUACAUCAAGGACGAUACCAUCUUCAUUAAGGUCACAGUAGAUACGUCUGACCUCCCUGACCCCUGACCUAUGGUCUGUAGAGAACAGCAGAUGUAUCCAGAUCAGUUUUAUCUAUCAGAGGGAGAGGUGCCCUUAUGUGAGAGAGAUUGCAAGAUGAAAUGGAGUAAAAAAGAAGGAAGCAGAAUGAGAAAAGAACAGAACAAAAAAGUUAGCAGAAUAAGGUUUCUUUGCAGAUCUCAGUGUGUAGCCUAAGCCUGCAGAAAGAGCUGAGUGGGCCUCAGAGCAGUAGCCUUUGGUCCCUGUGUUGCUCACCAGAGAGGUGAGAGGAUUAUUUUUCAACAAGGGAGAUAUGUCACAAGCAGGGUUGGGUAGGUUACUUUCUAAAUAUCAUCCGUUACAGUUAAUAGUUGCCUGUCCAAAAUUGUAAUCAGUAACGUAAUUUUUGGAUUACCCCAAACUCCGUAACGUAAUCUGAUUACAUUCAGUUACUUUUAGAUUAUUUUCCCCUUAAGAGGCACAUUAGAAGAAGACAAAUGUAUGUUACCAAUUGAACAACAUCUAUUGCAGGAUAAAUCAAUGUUAAAGUUUACAUAGCUGGCCUUAUAUGGAUGUUACAUUUUACUUUAUGGGUUGGUUAUGUAGGCUUCUUCUAACCCAUCGCUUUCUACUACAUACAAUAAUACGAUUUAAAUUAUAUCUUUACAUUAAAAACAUAACUCUGUCAGAUUUCCAGUCAUUCCAAUAAAUGUUAUACCCCUUGAUCUUCAAGAAUAGGACUUGGAAAUGUGGAAGUAUAGAUUAGCCAAAUAUUUACCUGAGCAUAACCCCAAAACUAAGGAUUUAUUAGCCAGCCCUAUUCUGUUGUUUGAUUUUGUUAUUGGGCUCAUUGAUUCGAGUUCAAAAAUAAAUGCUGCACUCAUGGAAUGGCAUGCUUUGAGCACUACUGAAAAGUGCUAUUUACAUGUUAAAAAUGAAUGCCAUUUGCUGUAGGCCAAUUGUUUACCUUUUUGUUGGUGACACUUUAAUAUCUUGAUAAUAUGCAGCUGUUUAAAGGGCAAAUCCACAGAUGAAACAAUAACAAAAUGGCCACCCCGCCUCUGUUUUGGUAAAAAGCUGAGGGAUGGGACUGGUGAAAUGUAAUCACUCUCAGAUUAAGACACAGCUAUGGAUGCAAGGACUGACCAUCCAUGAUAUCAACAUUGUUUUAACCAUGUUAUGAGGCUAUACCGUGUUUGUUUACAUUUGAGGCAUUUAUAAGUUAUAUUCCUCAAAAAUCAAUGGAUUUUUAAUUUUUUUAUCGGCAUGAAUUAGAUUGAGCAAUAAAAGCCCCACUUUUAUUCCAUAGGCUGGGAUCCGCACUAAGCAGUUGUUGCAAGAGCAUAUUUUCACUGAGGGUCCACUGGUUUCAAAAGCAAUGAUUGAUAUGCCGCUUAAACUUUUUGAAUUCAACCAUUGGGUUUAAUUACCCAUUUAUAUUUGUGAACAGCCAUUCACAAUCCGUAAGUCGCAAAUAGCGAAAUGAGAGAGCAGCAGUGUGAUUUACAUCAAUGAGCUAUGUAGAUAUCAAUUACAAGUGAUAUCCAUAUUGCUAUUGACUAAACCACUGCUGUCAUCCUUACUUCCAAGCUUUUAUUCAAGUUGUAUAAUCUUUGGAUGCCGACAGCAGUCGCACCAUUGGCAGACAUAGCUUGGACUGUAGCCUACAAAAGCCUAUUCCUGCUCUUUUCCUGCGAUCCAUCAAACACAUUUGGUGUGUCAUCAUAGUGGUCUCUGACUUGUGGUCAGACUCGCUCAGGUGGAACAAACUUAAACUUGCACCUGUUUACUCAAUGACAUUCAAAUCAUCAUUGAAAAAACAAGUGUCAAAGAUUUCUUUUCGCAAACCUCCUUUCUGAAUUUAUAUGUAAUCCUCGAAAUAAUCAUAGCGUUUUUCAAAAGUAUCUGUAAUCUGAUUACAAUAUUUCUGCUGGUAAUGGAUUACAGUUAACGUUUUUUUGUAAUCCAUUACUCCACAACCCUGGUCACCAGUGGCAACCAGGCUGAAUGUUAAAUAGAGCAGUGAGCAUGGUGGUUUAAUUAAGUGAUAAUGCCCUCGAAGCCGGUGUUUGGAGGAUAUAUUUGCGCGGGUGUUAGGCAAACCGUGCCAAUAUGUCCUCCAAACACCGUCUUCGAGGGCCUUAUCACUUUUAUACAACGGGUUACCAACGUAUUCAAAUAAUGAUUGACAUAUUUCCAUAAAAACAUUAUUUUGAUUAAUUUAUAUUGUUUCAUCCUUCCACGAGAUAUAGUCCCGACAGAAAUCUAGGGUUGCUACCCAAGCCAGCUGGUCCUUUGUUCUAUUGGUUCAGUUGCCAGAGGCACGACCCAGUUAAGUCUUUUUGUUCUAAAUCUAUGGAUUUCGUUGAUGGCUGGCAACUUUCUUAUCCCUUGCUAGCUUUCCAACUUUAGCUAACACAGACAUGCCAAACAGUGCAGCUAGAAUAAGAUCAACGUAGCUGCAUUUGCAUUUGUUUAAGCUGUUUUCUAGUGACGUUAUUUGGAUGCAUCCAUAACAAUGAGCUAAAGAUGUUCAAUUUCAACUGGCAUAGAAAAUGUGCUCUCUCGUCAGGGCACUUGUUCAGAGGAGCUAGCCAACAACACAACUAACCCAGUCACUUCAAACUGAAACUGGAAAGAUUGAACUAGCAGGAUUUUGUUUGACCUGUUUUCUGUUGACAUUUCUUUGUAUAUAUCCAUAACAAAUAUGGUGGUUCAUGAUUUCGACUGGCUGAUAAAAUCUGUCUGCCUGUCUGUCUCAUCCCGACUCCCGACCCUACAUGUUCAUUGCUAUGGGACAGCUGGAGAUCAAAUUUCAAUAUUGAAACAAUGUUGCAAAUGUCAGAGAGACAGACAGCAAGAUUUAUACAAAUCUCUGCUAUUGAAAACCAAUUGCUAGUCUAAAAGAAAUGGGAGAAUGUCUAGAUGCUUUUUACAGUGGAGAACAAGUUAAUAAAUUGCCUGGCUGGGCUGAUGAGACAGUGGAUUGCGCAGUGAGAUGGAACAGAGUAAAACAGUAAUUUUAACGUCGUAGUUUUAGCCGGUGGUAACUUGUGGGAUAGACACCGGCUUGAAUGUGGUUUUAACCAAUCAGUGUCCAGGAUUAGACCCACCCGUUGUAUAAGUCUAAAGAAUGUCUAUGUUACUAAGAGCAGGGAUAGGUAUAAAUGGCAUGGAGAGUGGAUCAUUCUAAGCCAAGUUAUCAGGAUGCAACCAUCAUCAAACUACGUGGACCCAUUAUGUAUGUAUGGCAAUCUACCAAAACUAAAGAUCAUAUAGAAUGGAGAUAGUGAAUACAUUUACUUCGACAUUAAUCAUUUCUGCCUUGAAGAACAUGAGUGGGACAGCGCAUCAUCCAAAACAAGUCGAGGUACAGACAAAUAUUACAGGAGACAUCAAAUAUCACUAAGGAGAACUCCGACUUGGUUUGAUGAAACAUUUCUAAAUGAAAGCCGGAAGAGACAAUCCCACAUGACAUGUUGGAUAAGGAGAUACAAUACUUUACCUUGUUGUGUUUGCAUUGAUGGUGAAGUUUGGUUGUAUUAUUGCAUUGUUAAAGUACAGAAUGUAACGUAUAGUAUGGAUGUUUCCAGUGUUGUGAUGGUGUUGGAGAACGUUGUUGAUCGACAAGCUUUUAUUAACAGGCGUUGUGUGAGUAGUAGUGUUUUGUAUGCAGGCUCUUAUUUCAGAUUUGGUUUUAGUGGACCUGGUACUUAGGCAGUGUGCAAAGUCUGCAUCUGAAACGGCACCCUAUUCCCAAUAUAGUGCACUACUUUUGGCCAGAGCUGGACAAAAGUAGUGCACUUCAUAGGGAUUCAGGUGCUAUUUCAGACACAUAUCGCACAAAGGAAUGGAUACACACUGGUAUAGGAAUGCCACUGCUUUGUGGAGUUAACAGGAAUAGCCUUUCAUUUCUGAAGAUCUAUAUAGAUCUGUAAAUUACUUCUAUACCGCUUUUUGUACCAAUACCUUACACAUUGUUUUUGUAAUGUUCAAAACGGAUGCUGUGCAUCAUGCUAAUUAUUAUUUUUUAACAGUUGGGAAAGCAAAAUGCCUCAAACUCCAACCAUGUUGAUUGAGCUGAGACAUAAAGUGACAAAGUGGACUUGUUUUCGUGAUGGUUGGUGGAGAAUGUUAUUUGCACAAGUUAUGUUUUGAAUGUGUAAUAUUAAAAUUGUUUAAAAGAACUUGAA